CCACCAACAAUGUCACACGGCGUGCGACGAAUCCAAGGCCGGUUCACGACCAACACUGCAUCCGAGGCGUACCAGCGCCAGCUGCUUGCUCCUGUCAAGCGAUGGCGCAAGGGAUGGGUCGCGCCUGCCGGUUUGCCAGAAGGGAGCACGUUUAAGGUGUGCAAGUGGAUCAAGCUUGACGAGACCGUGUCGACUCCCUUCGGAGAAGAGGACGAGGAGGAGGGCGACGACGUCGAGGAGGGAGAAGAGGGAGAGGAGGACGACGACAAGGACGAGGACGAGACCGAGCCGCCGACAGCGACGGCGACGCCCGCCCCCGCCGCCGCGCGCCUGUUUGCAGUCGAGACGCCGACGCUAGACUCGCCCGCGGCGCUGGCGACCCCCGCAGCCGACACGCCCGUGCUCGACGUGCCCACGCCCGACAUCAAGCCCGACACGCCGGUCGAGCCCAAGGCCGAUGCGGCGACGCCUGCGCCUGUCGCCGAGAAUGUCGUCGUCGACGAGGUUGUCGCCGAGGAGGUGGUGGUCGACGCGUCCGAGCCCAUGGUGGUCGACGAGGUCGUCGAGGAGGUGGUUGAGAAGGUCGCCGAGCCGGCCGAGGAGCCAGUCGCGGAGCCAGUCGUCGAGUCGGUCGCCGAGCCCAUCGCCGUCGACCCGACACCAGCCGAGGAGCCCGCUGCUCCUGCCGAGCCGGAGGAGAAGCCCGUCGUCGAAGAGCCAGCGCCCGCUGCCGAGCCCACGCCGGCUGCCGAGCCGUCGCCUGAGAAGGCCGCCGAGGUCGCUGCCCCCGUCAUUGAGGAGCCCACACCAGCUGCCGAGCCCUCGCCCGAGAAGCCUGCCGAUGUGCCCGCCCCCGUCGUCGAGGAGCCCGCUGAGGCCCCCGCCCCUGUGGUCGAGGAGCCCGCCAGUGCUCCAGCCGCUGUCGUCGAGGAGUCCGCCCCUGCCCCCGAAGUGGUUGCCGCGCCCGAGGUGACAGAAGCGCCGAAGGAGGAGGCCGCGCCGGCGGCGGAGGCGGAGGCUGUGCCGGAGGCCACCGAGGAGCCCAAGGAUGCGGCCGAGGAGACCAAGGAGGAGCCCGCGGCCGUCGCUGCCGAGACUGUGCCCGCCCCCGCGGACGCCGAGGCGCCGUCCGCCGAGGCCGAGCCCAAGGUCCCUACACCGGCGGCUGUCGAGCCCGAGGCCGCGCCGGCGGUGGAUGCGCCUGCCGCGCCUGAGGCUGAGGAGGGAGCUUAGAUGCAAGAUGUUCUGCAGUACGAAGGAGUGUGGGUUGGAGCUGGGUACGAGG